AUGGAUAACAGCAAGAGUGAAAAGGCACUAGAUAUUAUUCGACUUAAUGUUGGAGGUUGCAUGUAUACUGCUCGUCGUGAAUCUUUAUGUCGUUUUAAAGAAUCAAUGCUAGCAUCUAUGUUCAGUGGACGGUUUCCUCUAAAAAUGGACAAUACAGGGGCUUGUCUUAUUGAUCGAGAUGGCAACCUCUUUAAAUACCUCUUAGACUAUCUCCAUGGAGAGGUUCACAUUCCAGAAGAUGAGCAAACAUGAAUUGCUUUGCAGGAAGAGGCUGAUUACUUUGGCAUUCCUUAUCCCUAUAGCCUUGUUGACCACUUGGCUAAUGAAAUGGAGACAUAUUCUUUAAGAUUAAAUUUGGAACUUAAAAAGACACUCCUAGAUUUUUGUGACUCUUAUGGCUUAAUAUGCACUAAGCCUACUGUUUGGGUCCUACACUACCUCAAUACGUCUGAUCCAAGUUGCGAGAGUAAGAUAAUAGGUGUGUAUGGCACAAAAGUAGAUGGAACAGCUGCAAUAGAAAAAGAACUAGGAGGAAGAAUUUAUAGUAAAAACAUUUACAAAAGAGAGUCUGGAAAUAAUGUCCAAUAUAUCUGGAGCUACUAUUCUGUUAGUGAACUGAAAAUGAUGAUGGAUGUAUUUGAGGCGUGGGAAGGAAAAGGCGUCAGUUAUUGGCGAGUACCCCAGGAACUGAUAGAAUGUUGGACUCUUGAGGAACGCCCUUUGGAAGGAAGUCUGCAAAACAUGUCUCCAGUUCGUAAAAGGCGAAUAAUAGACUUUUCUAAAGAGGAAGAAAAUCAGCAGAGCAGUAAAACAAAUCGAAAGCCAAUUCAAUUUUCUGGUCCCUCAACAAGUCCCCACAUCAAAGUUAAGAAUUCUGCUUCUUUAAAGAUAGCAGUAUCUCCUACCCCUUCAUGUUCCCAGAUGGCUCAUAAAAGGCCUAUCAGAGACAGUUUAUUACCAUGCAAAGAAUUACCACAUGCUAAAUCUACAUGCUUGACUAAAAACUCAUGGACAUCUGGUAGGAACGCUGAAAAUGGAGUACUUUGUCAAACAACCCUGGAUUCACGGUUGUCCAAAAAGCCUGCAGCCAGUCGUGUUGUAAAACUCAAGCAGACUCCACUGUGUAAUGAAUUGUUAACUCAGAACUCCUCAUCAGUUCUAAGCAAAAUGGAUGAGCAGCAAGUUCCAUCUGUUUCAGUGACUUCCACUUCAGCAUCAUAGAGUUUAAGCCCGGAGGAUUUUGACACUUCCCACUGAGAAUCUAAUGUUAAAAUAGUUUACAGAAUAUUGAGUGAUGCAAAAUUAUUAUAUGGUGCUAAAACUGGUCAUGAUCUAAAUACAACAUUUCUGACUUUCUGGACCAGAAAUAAAAGUGUGCUAUUAUAAAGAGAAGUGAAGAGCCUUUUAAUAUUUGUAAUAACUCGUAUGUAAUAUUUUUCUUUAUCUCUUGUGGUAUUACAAGAGAUACAGGGAUGCUUUUAAAGUAUUUUGCAUUGGCCACUCAUUACAUUGU